ACGGAAGCUGUCCCUUGUCCACAGGUCAAUGUUGUAAAUGGAAAAUGAACAAGUACUUGCUUCAAAGUCGUCGGUCUAACAUGUCGGUGGCCGAGAGGGCGAAGGGUUCGGGCCGCUGCUGGGAUCUAAAAUUGUAUCCAGAGUAGACUAACUAUGAAAGCGUUGCAUUAGCGGCUUACCAUGUACUACUUCGUGUCGCUUCCAAAAGACAUCUUUAAUCGCAACAUCCUGUUAGACGAAGCAUCCAAUUCUCCCAGACGAUAUCUGUAUUACAGCUAGGAUGACUUUGAAAGGUGAAAACGAAAUGGCAAAAAGUGCGGCUACCCAAGAAUGCUCUUCAACAGAGGAAAGCAACGCGGCUCUUGAGAACGACAACCCAAGCACUCCGAGGACGAACUAUCCCCGUGGCCUCCGCCUCACCUCUCUUAUUUUCGGGCUCUGUCUCGCUGUACUCCUGGUCGCCCUCGAUAACACAAUCAUUGCGACUGCGAUACCUCGAAUUUCCGAUGACUUCAAGUCUCUCGACGACAUAGGAUGGUACGGCUCGUCCUACCUCCUAACAACGUGCACUUUCCAACUCUUAUUCGGGAAACUAUACACUUUGUUCGACAUAAAGUGGGUUUUCAUUAUGGCAAUGGCCAUUUUUGAGGUUGGUUCCGCCAUUUGCGGAGCUGCGCCGACGUCUGAGGCGCUUAUCGUUGGACGUGCCAUCGCGGGACUUGGAUCUGCUGGCAUAUUCCAAGGGGCCAUCAUCAUUAUCGCUUAUUCUGUUCCACUAGACAAAAGGCCCAUGUACAACGGCAUGUUUGGAUCUGUUUAUGGCGUUGCAUCUGUUAUUGGGCCACUGCUGGGAGGAGCAUUCGUUGACCACGUUACUUGGCGAUGGUGCUUCUAUAUCAACCUACCGGUAGGUGCUGUCGCCAUGCUUACCGCUAUAUUUGCCGUUUGUAUCCCGAAGCAAAAGAACCCUUGUCAAGGAUCCUCCUGGAUAUCUUAUGUGGAGGAGCUGGAUCCCAUUGGCACCGUUUGUUUUCUUCCCGGUGUGGUAUGCCUAUUGCUUGCUCUGCAGUGGGGAGGAACGCAGUAUUCCUGGAGUUCUGGCAAGGUCAUAGGUCCACUUGUCCUUGGCAUUGUCCUCCUCGUUGCCUUUUUUGUUGUACAGGUGUGGAAGGCAGACAAGGCUACAAUACCGCCUCGAAUAUUUCGCCAAAGGACUAUUGUGUCUGCGUGUAUCUUCACUCUCCUGCUGAACGCUGCAUAUUUCGCCAUCGUUUUUUAUAUACCUAUUUGGUUCCAGGCUAUCAAGGGCGUUUCUGCUGUUAAGUCAGGAAUCAUGUGUCUCCCUAUGAUUCUCUCAGUGGUCAUUUUCUCGCUUGUGGCAGGGGGAGGAGUCACUGUUAUCGGGCAUUAUGUACCCUUCGCUUACGCAAGCUGUAUCUUGACCACUAUUGGAGCAGGUCUCAUCACAACCUUCGACACGGACACCGGCCAUCCGAAAUGGAUUGGAUAUCAAUUUUUGUUUGGGGCAGGAGUUGGUUGCGGUAUCCAACUGGGCAUCAUCGCGUCCCAGGUCAUUUUAGAGGAAGCUGAUAUUGCUAUUGGAACUGCCAUUAUCACAUUCUGCCAGAUGCUGGGAGGUGCAAUAUCUGUAUCAGCUGCUAAAAGUAUCUUUGGCAAUCUCCUUUGGAAUAAGGUUUCACAAACGGUAGGAGGAAGUUCAAAUAUCAUAACGCAUGUUGGGGCGACCGAUUUGAAGGACGCCAUUGAUCCUCGGUUCUAUGACAGAGUUCUGGGGGCAUAUAACAAUGCACUCACAGAAACGUGGUAUGUCUCGGUAGCCCUUGCUGCACUAUCGACUGUUGGAGUUAUUGGUAUGGAAUGGAAGAGUGUUAAGAAGUCUGCCGCAGCUAUGUAGUAUGUCCAAGCCGUACAGCCAAGUCUUUCUACCAGUCUAUGGCCGAGGUUGGAUGUUCCUGGCAUUCAAGUGCUUUUCAAAGGUAGUGAUAGAGAAUGUCACAAAGCCCGCUUUAGGAUUCACGCAACUGUGAACAAGUGCACAAUUAAUAGUUAUUUCAGUAUAUAGAUAUGUAAUAUAGACCAGAGUUAUCAUCGUAAGGCAGGU